GAGUCAAAGUCAUUUGCCAUGAACAUUUUCAGAGGCAUUGUAAAAACAGAUCAAGUUUUUCCUUUCCCAGAGGUGUUGGAUAAUGAACAAAGUGAUACCUUAAAGAUGCUUGUGGAUCCAUGUGCCAAGUCCUUUGAGGAGGUGAAUGAUCCUUUGAAAAAUGAUAGCCUUGAGAAAGUGGAAGAGCCUGUUAUGGAGGGAUUAAAGGAGAUGGGUGCCUUUGGUCUGCAAGUGCCUGUAGACAUUGGCGGUCUCGGCCUGACCAAUACCCAGUACGCUCGAUUGGUGGAAAUUGUUGGGUCACAUGAUCUUGGUGUUGGAAUCACAUUGGGUGCUCAUCAGUCUAUAGGCUUCAAAGGAAUCAUUUUGUUUGGAACACAAGAACAAAAAGACAAGUAUCUCCCUCACCUCGCACGUGGUAAAAACAUGGCUGCUUUUUGUUUGACUGAACCAAGCAGUGGCUCAGAUGCCGGGUUAAGCUCUUCAUCAAACUCUUCUAUUAAAAGCAAAGCAGUUCUUUCCCCGGAUGGCAAGCACUACAUCCUGAAUGGUAGUAAAAUCUGGAUUAGUAAAGGAGGCCUUGCAGAAAUCUUUACUGUAUUUGCUAAAACACCUGUUAAGGAUGAGAAAACUGGAGCAACAAAGGAGAAAGGAAAUGGACCUCCCGAGAAAAAGAUGGGAAUCAAAGCCUCCAACACAGCAGAGGUGUACUUUGAGGAUUGCAAAGUUCCUGUAGAAAAUCUUCUUGGAGGGGUUGGAGAUGGAUUCAAGGUUGCCAUGAAUAUUCUGAACAAUGGAAGAUUUGGUAUGGCAGCUGCUCUGUCAGGAACCAUGUCAUCCUGCAUCAAGAAAGCUUAAGUUGAACAUGCGUCUCAGAGGAAGCAGUUUGGGGAUCUGAUCAGUAACUAUGGCACGAUACAGGAGAAGAUUGGCCGUAUGGUGAUAAUGCAGUAUGUCACAGAGUCCAUGGCUUACAUGCUGUCUGCCAACAUGGACCAAGGGUCAACAGAAUUCCAGAUAGAGGCCGCCAUCAGCAUGAUUUAUGCUUCAGAAGCUGCAUGGUUUUGUGCUGAUGAGGCAAUCCAGAUUUUAGGAGGAAUGGGAUAUAUAAAGGACUGUGGCUUGGAGAGAGUGAUAAGAGAUUUAAGAAAUUUCAGAAUUUUUGAAGGAACAAAUGACAUUCUCAGACUUUUUAUUGCUCUUACUGGAAGUCAGUAUGCUGGAAACUACCUCAAAGAACUUAAGAAAGCCAUGUCCAAUCCCUUGGGUAACAUUGGAAUGUUCUUGGAGUAUGGAAGCAAAAAAGUACUAAAGUCAAAGGCUGAUGAUAAU